UCCAAAUUCUAUCAUUCGUCCCUCUCCCAUUUGGAAUACUUUGUCGAGCUGACAGACUGCGACGCCUGCCCUGCUCCGCCUCCCGGGUGGGCUGAAUGGAAUCAAUGAUGCAACCUCCACUUAGCGAUCGCCACCACGCGAGAACUGCGUGUCAUACAGACAGCCUCGUGAUUUGUCACUCUUGUCUUCUUUUCUCACUCAAACUUGUCGCAAAUUUCAUAUAACAGGCCGGUGAUGCGCCCAUCAUUGUUCACCUCCAUCAUCUACGCGACAGCAAACACCACGAGACUCACCACCGCCGCCAGAACAGGCCUCGCUAGAUUUGCGCCAGCAGUAGCAGCAGCUUCGGUCCCGCGCCACAUGUCCUUCCUCAGCAAUCUUUUCUCCUCCUCCUCCUCUUCCAACAGCGCCUCCAACAUGUCGUAUCCCGACUCGCGCACCGCCGACGAAUGGCGCGCUGUCCUCAACAAGGAGCAGUUUCGCAUUCUGCGCGAGAAGGGCACCGAGGCCCCCGGCUCCGGGACCUACGACAAGCACUACCCAUCCGACGGCGUCUACACCUGCGCGGGCUGCGCAACACCCCUCUACAAGGCCAACCACAAGUUCAAGUCGGGCUGUGGCUGGCCCGCGUACUUUGACAGUAUCCCCGGGGCCGUGACCCGGCAUGAGGAUCGGGCCUUUGGCAUGGCGAGGACGGAGAUUGUCUGCAGCAACUGCGGUGGCCACCUGGGUCACGUCUUCAAGGGAGAGGGAUUCCCCACGCCCACGGACGAGAGACACUGCGUCAACAGCGUCAGCCUGAACUUUACCCCCGAGGACAAGAAGGCUUGAGCGAUCUGGCUUGGGAUUGUGAAUUUGUGCGACGAGCGGGGAGUUGGUGGUUGGAGAUGUUGCAGUAUGUACAUAGCUGGGGCUUGAACUGGUCGAGUCGCAUCAAUAUAGGAAAUCCUUUGAUACAUUGAACAUGAUGGUCCCCUGGGAUCUCCCGCUGAGACUAUCGACGACUCGUAUACGACUGUAGGCACAUGUUGUCAAGUAACAAUAUCAGGCUGGUCCAGGCGGGCUCACACCG